UAGUCGGUCUUCCUGAUCGCUGUCCUCCUAAUACAAUCUUGAACUGGGUGAAAGGCCAUAGACUAUAUCAUUCACACAGUGGAAGCUAGCGUUGGUAAUUAGUUGGUAACAGUGUUGCGACGCUAUUGUUCUACCUGCAAGUAUAUUCUGGUAAACCUGUCAACUUUGAUCUCUUUAACGCAAGAAGUGUUAGUAGCUGGUCGUCCUCGCUCUGAUUAGAACGCCAACUUAGCAGUGAAACCUUUGCAGAGAUCUUGCGACUCAAUAAUGCUGCAAAACACAGGUAAACUAGCAGGAUGCACCCUCUUCAUCACUGGGGCCAGCCGUGGCAUCGGCAAGGCCAUUGCCCUGAAGGCUGCCAAGGAUGGUGCCAACAUUGUCAUCGCUGCCAAGACUGCACAAGCCCACCCCACACUACCUGGCACCAUCUACACAGCAGCAGAGGAAAUCGAAGCAGCAGGGGGCAAGGCCCUCCCCUGCAUCGUGGACGUCAGAGAUGAGAAGCAGAUUGGUGCAGCUGUGGAGCAGGCGGUGCAAAAGUUUGGAGGUAUUGAUAUCUUAGUAAAUAAUGCCAGUGCCAUCAACUUGACUGGGACUCUGGAGACACCCAUGAAGAAGGUAGACCUCAUGCUGGGAAUCAACCUCAGGGGCACCUACCUCACGUCAAAGCUGUGCAUCCCCCACCUCCUGAAGAGUAAAAAUCCUCACAUCCUGAACCUCAGCCCACCUCUCAACCUCAACCCUAUCUGGUUCAAGAACCACACAGCGUACACUAUGGCCAAGUACGGGAUGUCCAUGUGUGUGCUUGGCAUGGCCGAGGAAUUCAGGGGAUCCAUCGCAGUCAACGCCUUAUGGCCCAAGACAGCCAUCCAGACUGCAGCUAUGGACAUGCUAGGGGGCUCCGGGAUAGGUCAACAGUGCCGGAAGGUGGAAAUCAUGUCAGACGCAGCCUACUCCAUGUUCUGUAAGCCCACCAGCUUCACUGGAAACUUUGCCAUCGACGAGGACAUUCUGAAGACUGAGGGCAUUACUGACUUUGACAACUACGCAGUGGCCCCAGGUCAUCCUCUACUGCCAGACUUCUUCCUGGACGAGGAGCCGGAGGACCUGGUCAAACACAUGGAGCAGCAUGGUGCCACCCCCGUGUUCAAAGGUGGGAAGAGCAGCAGUGAGCCGGCCCCGGCGUCUGGAGGGCCCAUAGAGGACACCUUCAAGGUCAUCAAGGGGGUGCUUAACCCAGAUGUGGUCAAAACCACGCAAGGGGUCUACAAGUUCGACUUGUCAGGGGAGCACCCAGGUGUGUGGUAUAUUGACCUGAAGAACGAUGCAGGCAGCGCCGGUCAAGGAGAACCCCCAGUCAAGGCCGAUGUGGUUAUGAGCAUGGACAGUGCUGACUUCAGCAAGAUGUUUGCAGGCAAACUAAAGCCCACCAUGGCCUUCAUGUCUGGCAAGCUGAGGAUCAAGGGAGACAUGACCAUGGCCAUCAAGAUGGAGAAGAUGAUGUCCAUGAUGCAGAAGUCCAAGCUGUAGUCAAUGACAACGCUGCGAGUGUGCAGUUUGAUCUGAAUGUGUGGGAAGCAAAUUGUCUGCCUUUUGUAACAUGCAGUUUCUGUUCAUAAAUAAAGUGCUCUAAUUGUAAA